AUGCAGCAUGUUUUUAGGCUAUGUAGCGUGGCUAAACUAGCCUGGAAUUUAUGCACCUUGAAAAUUCAACCAGAAAACGACGUACACAUUGUUCUCAACAAAUGGGUACAACAACAUAUCCUGCUCUUUUAUAGAGAGGAUGGGAAACAAAGUAACAAGUUGGCAAUCUUCAUAGCUAUGCUAUGGAGUAUUUGGACAACCAGAAAUGCGAGAGUGUUUAGGGAAUCAGGAAGCCAUGCGAGUAUGAUUUUACAACAAGCAAAAUUAGGAAUGCAACAAUUGGAAAUAUUCAAGAAAGGCAACCCACGAAAGGGGGAGGAGAACACAAAUGAACACCAAAAUCCACCGGGCUUUUGGUUGGUACAAUUGGGUAUUUCCAAAACGGAUUUUGCUAACUUUGUUUUGCAGGUUGAUGGUUCGUGGGACAAGAAUACAACAAAGGCAGGUUAUGGGUGGGCAUUCAGAAAGGAAGACAAUAUGACUUAUGAAAAGGGAGGGGGAACCCAUGGUUCUGCCAAAUCGGCUCUACAAGCAGAAGCACAGGCUUGUCUUCAUGGCCUUCAGUGGGCAAAGUUGAGACACAUCGCCAACAUACUCAUUUUGACAGAGUGCACAACUUUAGUAAAUUCAUUACAAUCGAAGACCUCUCAUGACAUUCAUAUCCACUGGACACUGGAGGAGAUCAAAAGGAUCGCACAAAGAUUCAACGUCUGCACAAUCAUGAAAACUAACAGAUUGGACGUCAAGGAAGCGCACGACAUAACGAAUAGCUGUAGACGAGAAGGAUUAUCCUUUAGUAAUACACCUUAG